UUUCAAAGUUGGGGAGGUUGAUAACAAGAAAAUGAUAUUAAAAGAGAAAGAUGGGGCAAACAAAUGUGUCCUUUCAUUUCCUCACCAAUGAGAAGGUAAACUUAGGCCAACUUAAAUGUGUAUUGAGGUCUGCUGUUAAAUACAGUCAGUGGGAUGAAGAUUUAGCUGACCUCCACCCCUACGCAAAUCUCCUCCUUCCUUCCCUCUUGCUAACCCCUCACCAAGGCGUUUCUGUCCCCGCCUCCCUCCCCUAUCCAAAGUUUCCAGUGGAUUACUAGCGCUGACUUCCGCAAUCCUGAUGGAAUAAAUCUAGCACCCUUACUCACCCGUCCACAUUAUCCGCACUUCCCUGCCGAAACAGCACAAAGAACAGAUCCCCAUCAGCAGGAGGUUUUUAAGGACCACCCUGCCAACUGUACUGGGGGGGAUCCUUAAGAGGAUAGACCUGAGGAGGUGGAUAGUCUCCCACAGACCUUGGAGCUUAGACUUGAGACCCCAAAGAUUUUUGUGGAUAAGGAUGUGGGGGCUCAAGGUUCUACUGCUGCCCAUGGUGAGUUUUGCUCUGUACCCUGAGGAGACCCUGGACACCCAAUGGGAGCUUUGGAAGAAGACCUACGGGAAGCAGUAUAAUAGCAAGGUGGAUGAAAGCUCUCGGCGUUUAAUUUGGGAAAAGAACUUGAAGUAUAUCUCCACCCACAACCUUGAGGCCUCUCUUGGUGUUCACACAUAUGAACUGGCCAUGAACCACUUGGGGGACAUGACCAGUGAAGAAGUGGUUCAGAAGAUGACAGGACUGAAAGUUCCCCCCUCUAAUUUCCGUAAUAAUGACACCCUCUAUGUUCCAGACUGGGAGGGCAGAGCUCCAGACUCUGUUGACUAUCGAAAGAAGGGAUAUGUCACUCCUGUCAAAGACCAGGGAGUAUGUGGUUCCUGUUGGGCUUUUAGCUCUGUGGGUGCCUUAGAAGGCCAACUCAAGAAGAAAACUGGAAAACUCUUAAGUCUGAGCCCUCAGAAUCUGGUGGAUUGUGUGUCUGAGAAUGAUGGCUGUGGAGGAGGCUUUAUGACCAAUGCCUUUCAGUAUGUGCAGAGGAACCGGGGCAUUGACUCUGAAGAUGCCUAUCCAUAUGUGGGACAGGAUGAAAGUUGUAUGUACAACCCAACAGGCAAGGCUGCCAAAUGCAGAGGGUACAGAGAGAUCCCUGAGGGGAAUGAGAAAGCCCUGAAGAGGGCAGUGGCCCGGGUAGGACCCAUCUCUGUGGCCAUCGAUGCCAGCCUGUCCUCCUUCCACUUUUACAGCAAAGGUGUGUAUUAUGAUGAAAGCUGCAACAGCGACAAUCUGAACCAUGCGGUGCUGGCAGUGGGCUAUGGCACCCAGAAGGGAAGAAAGCACUGGAUAGUUAAAAACAGCUGGGGAGAAAGCUGGGGAAUCAAAGGCUAUGUCCUCAUGGCCCGGAAUAAGAACAACGCCUGUGGCAUUGCCAGCCUGGCCAGCUUCCCCAAGAUGUGAUUCCAGCCAGCAAACCCAAGCCCACUCUUCCAUUCUUCAGUGAUGGUGUGUUGGACUAAUGUACCCUGGAAAGAAGUUGCUGUGUCCUUUCUUGAAGCAGAUGUGUCAGCUUUCCCUACAGGUGACACUCCUACAACUUCCUUCUCUCCACCCUUCGCCUUUGUUUCUUUCAGUGUGACCAUAUUAGGGGUGUAUGCUCUUCUGCUAUGAGAUGUGACAAGGCCUGUCCUGCCUGUGUUGUCCUGAGGCCAAUGCCAUGUAGGUAGUUAAAACCUAGAGAACUUGACAUAGGCUAGAUUCUCCUGGGACUAGUAAGUCUGAAGAACCUUGGAGGACUACAGUGACUUGACUUCUCGGUUUUCCACGUACCCUUCUUAUAUGUCAUCAAAGUAAAAAUUCUUAUGUUUUUCAUCUCAGUUCAUAUGUCUAUUAAUAAACGUUUGGGACAAGUCUA